UUAAAGCGACGUCUAGCCUUUUAACAUCUGUUCCGUUUGCGUUUUGCGCGUGUAGUUAACGGCGUUAUUCCUUCAUUGAAUUUGAUUGUUUUGUUAAAGCGGAACCCUGUUGCUUCCUUCCAUGUCUGCUUUUUCCACUUGUGGCUAAUUAUAUUCCAAGGAAUGAAAGCAUGCCAGCGAUCUCGUCUCAGCGACUUUCAGCGUUUGCGAGUUUUAGGGUGAAUCCGUAAUCAUUUGACUUCUGGAUGUGUCUGCCUGCUUGUGCCUCUACGUGCGUCUAUUUGCGAACGUGUGUCAGUAUGAAUCAGUGUGCAUGUGAGUCAGCGUGGGUCUGUGCAUCUCCGUAUGUCUGCAUGUUAUAGACGACCUAUCUUUUCUGACACCGAUCAAGUGUCCUUGUCAUUCGUAGAUUAAGAUACAGAAAGCUGCUACAUCAUCCGCCAAAAUUAACACUUACAUAAUACACGUAAGGAGAGUAAGAACUGAGGACUGCGUUUGCAACAGUGGAAAACAGUGGAUUAUAUGUGCGGCUCAUGAGCUACGUGCGUCUCUGUCUGCGGUACCGGGAAUUCAGUGCCAACAUGCCCGGCGUCGGAGCGCUAAGGGCUGUUGGAAAGAGGAGAGGGUGGGCCUCCGGCAGAGAGUGGCGCUCCAAGGACAAGGGAAAGGAGGAAUGAUAGAGGGAUCACGUUGAAGACAAACGAUAAAGAAAGGAGAAGAGAUCGUCAUAUUUUUGGACCGGACGAUAUAGACUUAAUUGGGAAGAUCCAAGGGCAAUAAGGAUAGAAGGAUGGACGCGUUCGAUAGCAUAGGAGGGCGGGGGUGUAAGCUGCGAUCUCUCUAUUUUUUGAGAAAGAAAACUACUGCGCGUCGGAUUCAAUAACGUCAGGUCUACAUUUGAAAUUCAUAGUAAUAAUUUCUGUUUAGCAAAGUAAUGGACUGUGCCUAGGAUUGAUAAGCUGUCAUCUACUGAAAGGUUUUUUUUUAGGAAGUGUAACAGGUUAGAUCCACUCCUCUGUGUACUGUACUUUAAUAUAGCCUCUCCCUCGCUUCGGGAUGGACGGGGUGGGGGGUGGCACGGGGUCAACAGGUGGUGAGGGUCGCCCCACCCGAAACGGUGAUUCUAAGCGGCGCAGUAAGGGCAGCCUCCCGUCCCCCGGGUACCGGCUGUCCCAGGCCUCUCUGGAGGGCGAGCGGGCGGACGCUGGGAGGAGGCGCCUGUCCAUCAUGAGCUCCACCCGCGACGGCUUCCCCUUCCGCGCGGCGGGCACACCCACCACCCCGGUGCCCCUCCCGCCGCCCCCGCCCUCGCAGCGCUCCGUGGGCUUCGCCUCCUCCCGCGCCGCCCUGGCCUCCACCUCCUCCACGGGCACUGGGGUGCUCAUCGUGGCCACGGGACCCGACACCACCACCACCACCACCGCCUGCAACACCAACGCCCCCGGCACCCCCGACCCCAUGCUGGACGGGGAGGACUACAGCUACUCCAACCAGUCCACCUUCAUCCAGAGGCAGUUCGGCGCCAUGCUGCAGCCGGGGGUCAAUAAGUUCUCUCUGCGCAUGUUUGGCAGCCACAAGGCCGUGGCCAUGGAGCAGGAGAGGCUGAAAUCGGCCGGGGUCUGGAUCAUCCACCCAUACAGCGACUUCAGAUUCUACUGGGACCUCCUCAUGCUCCUCCUGAUGAUGGGAAACCUCAUCAUCUUGCCGGUGGGCAUCACCUUCUUCGAGAACGAGAACACCCUGCCCUGGAUCAUCUUCAACGUGGUGUCGGACACGCUCUUCCUGGUGGACCUGGUGCUGAACUUCCGCACGGGCAUCGUGAAGGAGGACAGCACGGAGAUCCUGCUGGACCCUCGCGCCAUCCGCCAGCGCUACCUGAAGAGCUGGUUCCUGGUGGACUUCGUCUCCUCCAUCCCGGUGGACUACAUCUUCCUGAUGGUGGACCUGGAGGCGCGCAUCGACUCGGAGGUGUACCGCACCGCCCGCGCCCUGCGCAUCGUCCGCUUCACCAAGAUCCUCAGCCUGCUCCGCCUGCUGCGCCUGUCCCGGCUCAUCCGCUACAUACACCAGUGGGAGGAGAUCUUCCAUAUGACCUAUGACCUGGCCAGUGCAAUGGUGCGCAUCGUCAACCUGAUCGGCAUGAUGCUUCUGCUGUGUCACUGGGACGGCUGCCUGCAGUUCCUGGUGCCCAUGCUGCAGGAGUUCCCCUCCGACUGCUGGGUGUCCAAGAACAACAUGGUGAAUGACACGUGGGGCGUGCAGUACUCCUACGCCCUGUUCAAGGCCAUGAGCCACAUGCUGUGCAUCGGCUACGGCGCCCAGGCGCCCGAGGGCAUGACCGACGUGUGGCUGACCAUGCUCAGCAUGAUCGUGGGCGCCACCUGCUACGCCAUGUUCAUCGGCCACGCCACGGCGCUCAUCCAAUCGCUGGACUCCUCCCGGCGCCAGUACCAGGAGAAGUAUAAACAGGUGGAGCAGUACAUGUCGUUCCACAAGCUGCCGGCAGACGUGCGUCAGAAGAUCCAUGAGUACUACGAACAUCGCUACCAGGGCAAAAUGUUCGAUGAGGAGAACAUACUGGGGGAGCUGAGCGAACCGCUGAAAGAGGAGAUCGUGAGCUUCAACUGUCGCAGCCUGGUGGCCAACAUGCCGCUCUUCGCCAACGCUGACCCCAACUUCGUGACGGCGGUGCUGACCAAGCUGCGCUUCGAGGUGUUCCAGCCGGCCGACUUCAUCAUCCGGGAGGGCACGGUGGGCCGGAAGAUGUACUUCAUCCAACACGGCCGCGUCAGCGUGCUCACCCGCGGCAACAAGGAGACCAAGCUCAGCGACGGCUCCUAUUUCGGGGAGAUCUGCCUGCUGACACGCGGGCGGCGCACGGCCAGCGUCAGGGCCGACACCUACUGCCGCCUGUACUCGCUGUCGGUGGACAGCUUCAACGAGGUCCUGGAGGAGCACCCCAUGAUGAGGCGCGCCUUCGAGACCGUGGCUGUGGACCGCCUGGACCGCAUCGGCAAGAAGAACUCCAUCCUGCUGCGGAAGACGUCGCAGGGGGGCUCCGUGGCAGGGAGCAGCAUGAGCAGGGGGGGGGGAGGUGGCAGCCGGGGAGGAGGGGGAGGUGCGGGAGGGGCCAUGGGCCUGGGCUCCUGUGACAGCAUCCUGGUGCAGCAGAUCGUCAAACACGACAGCAUGCCACCGCAGGACGGAGGGCCCCCAGGGGCCGGGAAGGCGGGUGUGGCAGGCAGCGGGGGCACCAUCUCCCCCCGGCCCCGCCCGGUCAUUUGGGCCCCCCUCGUCCACGCCCCCCUGCAGACGGCUGCGGCCACCACCAACGUGGCCAUAGCCCUGAUGCACCAGCAGCAGCAACAGCAGCAGCAGCUACAGCAGCUGCAGCAGCAACACGCCCUGGGAGCUGCUGUCUUUUUGCCCUCCACCCUCCCAAUAUCGCCCUCGCCCUCCUCCUGCCCCAUCUCACCCCCGCGACCCCCCCUCCUACACCCCCGCCAGUCCGUCAGCUCCCUCAUCGGGGUGAUGGGGGGGCUAUCGCCCAGGGGAGUCGCCCCCGUCUCCAUAACGACCCCCUCUCCCUCCUCUAUGGGCCCCCCUGGGGUGGGUAGUGCUGCAGGGGGCGGGGUGCCUGCGCCUGGCCCUUUGCCUGCCCCCCUCCAGGCAAGCAGAACUCUGCACUACAGCCUCCGUCUUCACUCCGACGCCCCGGGGGGCGCCACGCCUCCCCUUCACAAAUGCCCCGCGCCGGCUCCCGACGCCCGCAAUCUCGGAUCUGGCCAGCAGAGGGCGAAGGAGGCGCUGCUGCGCCACGGAGGGGGGAGCACGCAGGGGCUCCCUGCUUUGGGCAGAUUAACCCAGGAGGCCCGGCUGCUCUCCGCCUCCCAGCCCACCCUGCCACACAGGGGCUGGGCCGGGGUGCAGCCCUGUCCCCCUCUGCACCGCAAGGCCUCCGGGGGCAACUUACUACCUACCCCGUUCCAGGCACCCUCGGGGCAGCUGGCCAGAGGGGGCAGUGUGGGGGUUUUGAGCUCUAAUGCCCCCUCUGCACAACCGCUGAUCCCUUCAGCGCAGAUGCUAGCUCAAGCCUCGGUCUCGUUCCAGUCCCAAAUGGGCCCCCAAGUACAAGCACAGCCUUUGUCCUCUCCCACACCGGCCCCCGCUCCACCCACCUCCACCCCAGCUGUCCCCCCAGCCCCCUGCCCCAAACCCAGUCCCGCACCCUCUUCUCUCCCCUCCUCUCCUCCCUCGUCCAAAGUUCCCACGCCACCUCCUUCCUCCCCUGCCCUCCCCCAGACCCCGCGCCCUAAACCCUCCCUCACUCCCCCAUCCUCCUCCCCUCUGGCCUGUACACCCCCCACCCCGAUCCCCACCGCCCCUACGGCGCCUCGCACGCUCACUUCUGCCACCCUGGGCCCUUCGUCCUCUCCAAAAGGGGGCGCUAAAGACCCUGAGCUGCCCACCAGAAAGGACUCUGAGGCACUGAGACAUAAACUUCCUGCCAACAUGUGAGGAAGGCUGUGGCCAGGAGACCCAAUAGAAGAGUGGGGUGGGCAGGGCUUGUGGUGGGAUGGGUGGAUGGGAUGGGUGGUUAUAAUGCCAGGCCAAGCCUACGUAGUGUGUUUGUGAUUGUUGGAGCUGGAGAGACAUUGCAGCAUGGACUAUUCAUAAUACAGCAGUACUGAUGAUGAUGACUGUUGCAAGACUGUAGCUAGCUUGUGCAGGGUAACAGUUUAAGGUUGUGUGCGGGACAGACAGAUCCCUGGUUUGCAGUUCCACAACCCCCAUGACUCCUGUUCCUCACCAAAGUGUAAAAUCUGUCUCCAUAAUAAUAAAUAAUAAAGUUAAUUCUGUAGUAAUUAUUAUAUUUAUCAUAAUAAUUAGGCACAAUCCACAUGUAGUCUGUUGUCCCAGGUGUGUGGUAUUAGCUUUGGACGAGAUAAAUGCUAAGGUCCAUGUUCACUGAUUGCUGUAACUAAAUUGUGUUUUAAUGUGUGACACUUCACACUGCUCCAUCAUUCAGUGUAUGUAGGUUUGUAUCACCAAUCUCAAGCUUCUCUUUUCAAUGUAUAUAUUAUAUAUACGUGCGUAUAUGUGUGUAUUAAUCUACUCUCUUCUAACCUUCUGUCUUUCAUUUAGUCUUUCCCCACUCUCUUAUGGUCUGUCUGUUUAUUUCCCUGUGUUUCUUGUCUGUUUAUUUGUGUCUACAGUAUAUUCCCCAUAUGUCUGUUAACCCCUGCUCUGUGUCUGUAUUCUAAUGCAUUUUCUUUUUUGUUUUGAUUUUGUCUCUUGCUACCCCUCCUUUGUGUCAUGUUCAGUGCUGUCCUUUGCUGUCUUGUACCAAUAAUAUAAAAUAGAGUUUUUAAUCUACUCUACCAUGUUGCCUAGACUGUGUAAAUUUAAGGACCAAAUGUUUUAUUUUUAUCUGUUAUCACAGCUUUAGCUUUUGAGCAAAAAAACAGUAAAUAAUUGUCUAUAAAAAUGAUGACAACAAUGAUGGUCAUUAUUUAUGAUCAUAGCAAGAAAAAGCAGAAUUAGAGUCAGAAUACUUAGUUCAGCUGUAAGGGUAUGUGAUCUCUUACUCAUGUACGUUAGAAAUCAGUUAUCUGUGACUCAUUUUUAACACGCACACAAACCCAUUUUCUCGACAUGUUAAAUGCUUCCUUUCAGGCAAAUGUUUCAAUGGGCAUUGGUAACUGCAGUAAUAUCAGUUAGCUACAGAGCUUAAAACAUUAUGGAAAGGAUUCACACAAAAUAUUUGUUUGAAACUGUGCUGAAUUAUGUUUGACAUAAUUUUUAAAUUUGGAAAGCAGUCAUGAAUUUGGUUGCUUGAAGCGAGUUAAAAAAAGGUUUUUAAUCUUUGGACUGAUUCUCCAUUGAUUUCAGACUUUUAAUGUUGUCACCAGGACUGAUGCUGAGAGAAUGUGAAUACUGAAUAUGGUCAUUAGUAAUAAAGAGACAAAAAGAC